GGGGAAAUUUAGUGGAAAGGGAGUGCAGCCGACAGGCUGCUGCUCUUCUUUCUCGGCGGUGGCGUGAGGAGACCGCCGCAGUCUCCUAAAGGACGGUUUGUACGUUUGUACGUGUACGCGAAGGACAGUUCACGCACACGGGGAGCACUGAUCGUGAGGGGCAGGUGGUAGGUAUCGCCCCAGUGAACUUCACACAUGGAAAGGAACUCCUUCGUGGAAAUUUACUGAUGGAGAGCCCAGAGCACCCUGGCAGCAGGUGGUGACGGCUUGGUGUCACAAUGUGCAGGAACAGCAGCAGAGAUGUACGUGUGCCCUGAGUGAAGGCUCUGGUGCCGAACACAAUCAAGCAGAUAACAACGGUGGUGUGGUGGAAGUAAGGCAAAAGUCAGCUGGUCAGCUGGAUAUGAUGGAGCUCCUAGAGGAAGAUCUCACCUGUCCCAUUUGCUGUAGCCUGUUUGAUGAUCCUCGAGUCCUGCCCUGUUCACACAAUUUCUGCAGGAAGUGUCUGGAAGGAAUUCUUGAGGGAAAUGUGCGGAACGUGCUUUGGAGGCCGUCUCCUUUCAAGUGCCCUACAUGCAGGAAGGAGACUCCUGUUGCUGGAGUCAACAGCUUGCAGGUCAACUAUUCCCUGAAAGGUAUUGUGGAGAAGUACAACAAAAUCAAAGUAACUCCAAAAAUGCCUGUGUGCAAAGUGCACAGCGGGCAACCCCUUAACAUUUUUUGCCGGACAGACAUGCAGCUGAUCUGUGGGGUUUGUGCCACCCGUGGUGACCACACAAAGCAUGUUUUCUGUUCCAUUGAAGAAGCUUAUUCCCAGGAGAAGCGGGCUUUUGAAACCCUCUUUCAGGGCUUUGAAACUUGGCGUUGUGGAGAUGCCCUCUCACGGCUGGAUACCUUGGAAACCAGUAAGAGGAAAGCUCUGCAGAUGCUGACCAAAGAUUCUGACAAAGUGAAAGAGUUCUUUGAGAAGCUGCAGCACACGCUGGAGCAGAAGAGAAAUGAGAUUCUUUCUGACUUUGAGACCAUGAAGCUUGCAGUGAUGCAGGCCUAUGAUCCGGAGAUCAAUAAACUGAACACAAUUCUGCAAGAGCAGCGGAUGGCUUUUAACAUUGCAGAGGCCUUCAAAGAUGUGUCUGAACCCAUUAUAUUUCUGCAACAGAUGCAGGAGUUCAGGGAAAAAAUCAAGGUGCUCAAAGAGACCCCUUUACCGUGUUCCACUGUGGACAUCAGCCCCACAAUGAAGAGCUUUGAUACCAGCCAGUGGAAUGGAAUAAAACUAGUUGAUGUGGACAAACUCUCCUUGCCUCAGGAAAACAACACUUGCAAAUUCAAGAUUUCCUCAGUCUUUUCACGCAGAUUUAUACUGAACUGUCUUAUUUUCUUUACAAUUAUCGUGUCCUAUUUGGCAGAUAACGUGGAGAUAGCAGAUCAUGCAGUCUUUUACUGGGAACAGAUGGCAGAUGGAGCUUCACUUCUAAGAGAAAAGUGUAAAAACUAUACGUUGGUUGUACUGGAUAAUGUUGCAGAGUUUGUGUGCAAAUAUAAACUGUUGUGAAGUCCCUGCUGAAAUAUAAGAACUGAGAGAGAUCUGGGGAAGAAAACAUAGAACUUCUUAAAAUUAAUUGGUCCUUUAAGACUUCUGGUGAAAACAUUCAGAGAUUCAAAAUGUUGCCAGAACAUUCACGCUGCUCACAUAGUUUGAGCACUGAUGAACCAGAAGAUGAAAUGGAGCUUUG